GCAAUGAUUGCGAGGGAUGCUCGCUUCUCGUCCGAGCAUUGGUUCUCGCACGGGCCUGGGACCGGGCGCGUGAGCAUGAGCGCGAGCCCUCGGCUCAGGGGCUAUGUAGUAGUGCGAGUAAGAUGUGCCACCGUAAUCCGGCCUAACCCUUCGUGGGCGGCUGCGACCUGCGCAUACUUUCCCGGUGUGCCUUUCCUUCUCGCCCCCACGCUCCCGCUCCGGCUGCAGCGCUCGUGAUCGUCGGCUAUAAAAAGCUGCGCCCUCCUCGCAAUGUGGACAUUUGCAUCGGCAAUCUUGACUCGAGCAACGGAGUCCAGGAGUUCCAGUAGAGGCAUCGGGAGAGGGAGAGAUCGAACGCCCUCGCCAAGGGGAGUGCGCUCGAGGAGGUUGAAUCGACGCACAGUCUGCCCACGCAUGCAGAUUGCGUUGUGCAGCGGAGGGGAGGCGAGGCUCGAAGGCGCCCUAGCUGGACAUGCACGACUCCGAGGAGAGUCAUAGCUGCGCUUCUCCGAGAGCCAAGAACCGCCCGCGAGCUAUUCCGAGAUUGUUGUCGGUAAUUUUCUUCUGCGUUCGAGUGCUGCUGGGAAUCUGCUGCUCGUGGGCUGUUCGGAUCAUGGACGCUGGGAAGAGUUCCAUCGAGGUCGUGCGGGAUACCGUGGCGUACCUCGCUCUCCGCAAUAAAGAAUGCUUGGUCCAGUUGAAACAAGAUGUCCAAGAAUUUGUUACCAUCGUCUUGAGUUGCGUGACUGAGACACCGCUGACGCAAAGUUUGUGAAGGAGGGCGGCCACCGUUAUCCCUUGUCGCCGAUGGACGUCCUGCUGUUCCUUCAUUCCAUUUAAGUAAGAAUCCGAUCAGAGAGAGGAAGUGAGACUCAGUGAAUGAGACAGACAGACAGACAGACAUUAUCCUAGUAUAAAGACUUAUCGACACUACUGGCACGAUAACUUCGGCUCGUUCAAUUAGCACCUCCUCGACAUGUACAUACCGUCGUAACCAGCGAUCGAUCAGUAUGCCAAGCAGCGUUUGAACCUCAGCUUACCAUUUGGAACCCACUUUGGUGAUGCAUUUACUAAAUCAGUAAGACUUUCUCAGUGUACACUCAUUCCUUUGAGCGUAUUUACUUGACCUCGAGUAUACGCCAGGUUUUGUAUCGAGUCUGACUCUCUCACUAGUGAUCAUGAACGAAGUAUCCAAGUUCAUCGCGACGAAGAUCGAUAAAAGCAUUUGACGUCUGGAAAUAUGGAGGUUAGAGAUGGUGUUUGUAAGCUAGUCUAGAGUAGACUGUAGAGGAAGGAAUGUGACUGAGUGCCAUUGAUCUUCGGGAUCACCAUGUAAAAGUCUGCAGCUUUUUCAUGGAUAUACAUGCAGCACUUGAAAUGAAAAUAAAUUCAGUUCUUCAAUAUAUAAUAGUUCAAUGUACAAAGCGCAUCUCGGCCUCUUGCAUAGAAGCCUCGGUACUAUAUCAAACAUCUCUGACCCCGAUCACUUCUGAGCAAAUUUUCAGCUUGUGCGAGAAUCUCUCGAUGGUGAUGUGGUGCUGAC